UAAAACCUCGAAUUUAUAAAUACAUGCAGUGAAUUCAUAUCAAACGAUGAUUUUCUCGACAAUAUCGAAAAACUGUUUUGGCUAUAUAUUUCUGCGUAAAUUUUAAACUGGAUGUAGAUGGCAGUAUUAAACGAAGCUGAAGCCGAAUAUAUCCAAACGCUCUGUCACAUAAGUAAAAUCGUAUCGGAUGAUAAUUUGUGUGAGGAAACCAUAGACGGUGUACCAAUACGAAAAUUAUUUGUUAAUAAUUUGGCUGAUAGGACGACUUUUAAAGAUGUACGUAAAUGCUUUUCUGCAUAUGGAAAUAUUGAAAAUUGUUAUUUACGUAGAAAUCAAGGGAAAAAAAAUUAUGCAUUUGUUACUUUCACCAAAGUAGAGGAUGCAAUGGUAGCCAUGCAAGAUGGGAGUAAGAAACAAAUAAGACUACAUAAUAGGGACUUGAGGGUAAUGGCUGCAGAUUCCUGGCAUCAACCUGAUAGUGUAGAUCAAAAGUUAUAUAGGAAAUGUAAUAUAGGAAAAGAAUCAAAUAAAACUUUUGAGAAAAAGACUACUAAUGAACAAUAUCAUCAAUGUUUGCAAAAUGAUAUUGAAGAUGUGUCCAUUCAUAUAUUGAAUGAUGAUUGUUUGACACAUAUUUUUUUAUUUUUACCAAUCAUUGACAGAGUUCGCAUAGAAAGAGUUUGCAAACGCUGGAGAGAUCUAAGUCAAGAUUCUUGGCGUAUGAUGAAAAGAUUGGAUCUUUCAUCCUCUACAUGGGGUUUCUUACAAACUCAUACAAUUCGUACAGCAACACUUCGUAAAGUAUUAUUAAAAUGUGGCAAGUUCCUAACACAAAUAAAUCUAUCUGAUACAAGUAAUUUUUUACGGCAAAGUACAUUGACCAUUGUUGGAAAACUUUGUCCAAAUCUUACGAGUAUCGAUGUUACUGCACUAACAAUUUGUGCAUCAGGCAUUGGUACAUUAGCAAGUAAUUGUAAAAAUAUAACUAGAUUUAGCUUAGGACCUUCAACAUAUAGCUGUGAUAAUGAAUUAAAAAAUCUCUUCAAACUAAAUAAAAAAUUGGAAUAUCUUGCUAUAAGUAAAAAUAAUAUUACGGGCAAGUCUUUACUAUGUUUACCAGCACAAACUAUACAUACAAUUAUAUUGGAUAGAUGUGAUAAUAUUCAAGAUAAUCUCUUUUCCACAGCAUUAAAAAAACUUGAAAAUUUGAAACAUCUUACAAUAAAUAACUGUUCUGGCAUAACUGUACGCACAUUGAAAGCUAUCGGCGUACAUUGUAAAAGUCUGAAUGAGUUAGAGAUUGAAGGAGGUCUCCUUUUCGCAGAAAAAGCGGAUGUGUUACACUUAACUAAGCUUGUCAAUUUGAAAGUCUUGAAAUUUAUAUACAACCCUCUAGUAUCAGACGAAUUCCUUAUUAAUUUGGCACAACAAUGUCAACAGCUUAUUUAUUUAGAUAUUACAGGUGCCCUUGAUGUAACUGAUAGUGGAUUAGCAGCUGUCGCUACAUUACCAAAGUUAGAAAAAUUAAUCAUCAGUUAUAUAAGGAAAAUUACUGAUAAUGGAUUGGAAAAUAUGUGUGGCUUAAAAGAAUUAGAAUGUCGAAAAUGUACGUUAUUUAGUGAUGAGGGCAUGUCAAAGUUCAUUAGAUCUUCACCUCAAUUACAAUUAUUGGAUAUUUCUGGCUGUCAUAAUAUCAGCAACAUCACUCUCGAUGCCGCUAAAGAUGCCUGCAACACUCGAUCGAAUAAUGUAAUGUUAAAGAUGAUUAUUGGAAAUACAUCCAUUUUUCCCUACAAAGAACAAGAUGAAGAGCAACCGUCCCCGCUUUUGCAAAUAGUCAACGUGGAUUUAUGUGAUGAUGAAUUUAAUAUGUUUGAUAUUGAUGAAGAUAUGAUUGAUGAAGAUAUAUAUGAUGAUGAUUAUUGGAUUGAUGAAGAUUCUGAUUCUCUUUAUAGUUAUGAAAAUGAAGAUUUGGGGCCUGAAGAUAUAUAUUUUUAAAGAUUUUGGCAUGUUUAUUUUCUCUCUUUCUCUAUAACUGUAUGAUAGAUUUUCUAUGAAUAGUUAUACUAUCAAUAUGCCAACCAAUGAUUCUUAAAACUGUAUAAUACAUAUUGUUAUAUAAUGGUAUUUUACUUUAUGUUAUAUGAAUAAACCGAGAUAUAUAAGUAUAAAGUUAAUAAGAGAAGAGAAUUUUUUUACAUCAUAAAUUAAUGCCAUGUGAUCGUGUAUAUGUUUUAUUAAUAAAAAAAAAUUUAUGACAUAAAACAAUAUGUAACUACAUUGAGUAUUGAGAUAUUAAACAUAGAGUUACAUUUACAAUAUUGUGAUUAUUUUAUUGUAUUUAUAAUUAAUAAUGCUUAGAUAGAUAUAGUGAAUCCAUACAAUUGCAAUUACUAUGCACAUAUUUGCGACAAGGAAUGUGCACAUAUUUUAAUAAGUGCUAUAGGAAUUACGAACUUUGCUGAAAUUUAUUAUGAGUUAUCGCUUGAUAAAAUUCCUAAAUUAUAUUGGCAUAUUAUACAUUUUAUCACACGAUUCUGCUGCAACUAAAUUUGUAUAUUAUCGUUCUAUGACAGAUAAUAGAGACCGCACUUCACAAUAAAUGGCAUUAUAUGCAUCGAUCCUUA